AUGAAACUGUUCAUCGCAUUUUCAGCUUUCCUGGCCGUUGCCGUUGCCGUUUCCGUAGCCUUCGACUACCAUCAGCUGGAGCAAAAGCACGUUCCAAUUCUGCACAGUGAGUCCUACCACGGUCACGAUGGAAGCUUCAAGCAUAGCUACGAAUCGGGUAACGGGAUUUCGGUUCAGGAACAGGGCUUCGUAAAGAACGCCGGAGCAGGCAAGGAUCACGAAAGCAACGUCGUACAAGGAUCGUACUCGUACGUCGAUCCUCACGGUGUCCCGAUAUCGGUGAAGUACAUCGCCGAUGAACAUGGUUUCCGCGCCGAAGGCGCUCAUCUUCCCACUCCACCUCCAGUGCCGAAAGAACUUGUGGAAGCCUACGCCAAGGCCGCUAGCUAUCCGUCGAGCCACGGGGACGAGUACCAUUAUAGUAAGCCGGAGGUCUACAAGUACUACUAA